CCUCUCAGCUUAAAAAAGUGGUUAGUAUUGGAGUCAAACUGCCGCCUCAGAUCCUUCAGAGUAGCGCACAGAAGCCCGGUUAUUAUAAUGUCUCCGUUAGUUGCCCGCCUGCUGCUACUCAUUUGCUUGGCUUUGCCGCUUUAUGGCGUGGAAAAGGUGAGAAAUAGAGGAUACCGAAAGGAUCCUGACGCAGAUAAGUGCUCUGGAAAUGAUGCAGAAAAGCCCAACUGCACCAGACACUCAGAAGAAGGAAGAAAUUCAAAAAACAUGUUUGGCAGCUGCAUGCAGGGUCCAUCUGGGACUCCUGGACGGGACGGUAACCCAGGGACCAAUGGUAUCCCCGGCACACCAGGUAUCCCAGGACGAGAUGGGCUGAAGGGGGAGAAGGGAGAGUGCAUCAGUGAGAUCUUUGAGGAGCCAUGGAAACCGAACUAUAAGCAGUGUGCCUGGAACUCACUCAACUAUGGGAUUGACCUGGGCAAAGUAGCUGACUGCACCUUCACCAAGAUGCGCACUGACAGCUCUCUGAGGGUCCUGUUCAGUGGAUCUCUCAGACUUAAGUGUAAGAAUGCCUGCUGUCAGCGGUGGUACUUCACCUUUAAUGGAGCAGAGUGCACUGGGCCUCUUCCCAUAGAAUCCAUCAUCUACCUGGACCAGGGCAGUCCCGAGCUGAAUUCAACCAUCAACAUCCACCGGACAUCCUCAGUUGAAGGGCUGUGCGACGGAGUGAAAUCUGGACUGGUGGAUGUGGCCGUGUGGGUGGGGACCUGUGCAGACUAUCCCAGGGGUGAUGCUUCAACAGGCUGGAACUCUGUAUCUAGGAUCAUUAUUGAGGAACUGCCUAAAUGAAUAAAUAACACUGAAAGGAGAGACUUCAGUUGUGGUGCUAUUACAGUGUCAUAAGGUGUGGUUGAGUGCCAGUAUCACUCACACUAACUUGAAUGUCCUUUUGUUUGUCUAAAUGCUAACCUAGAGGACAGGCUUAUAAACACAGAUGUUUGAUGUAUGCCAUAAACAUAUACUUUAGCUUUUCUCUGUUUCUGGUGACACUUUAAUUUGAAGACUUUUGUUGCUGUUUUUUCAAAGAUUGAUGAAUAAAGUAAAAUUUUGUACA